UCAUCAAGCGGCGCGGGCCAGGUUCUCACCCCGGCGUGCCGGCCUCGCUGACCUGGUCUGUGGAGCGGCAGUAGCGGGCAUGGCUGUCUGCUGGCUCUUCCUGCGCAGGGUUGCGGCGGCGCGAGCCUGCCAGUCUCUGGUGACCCCCAGGGCUAGCUGGCGUCCGCUGUGCACCGGUCCGCCGCGGCGAGCGUUCGCCAAGGAGCUCUUCUUGGGCAAAAUCGAGAAGAAAGGAGUUUUCCCAUUUCCAGAGAUGGACCAAGAUGAGCUUAAUGAAAUCAAUCAGUUUGUGGGACCUGUGGAAAGAUUCUUCACUGAAGAGGUGGACUCUGGAAAAAUUGACCGGGAGGGGAAAAUCCCAGAUGAUACUUUGGAGAAGCUGAAGAGCCUGGGCCUUUUUGGGAUGCAGGUCCCGGAAGAAUAUGGUGGCCUGGGCCUCUCCAACACCACGAGCAUUCGACUUGGGGAGAUCCUCAGCCUGGAUGGAUCCAUCGCUGUGACCCUGGUGGCACACCAGGCGCUGGGCCUCAAGGGGAUCAUCUCGUUCGGCACAGAGGCACAGAAGGCCAAAUACCUGCCGCGGCUGGCCUCUGGGGAGCACAUCGCAGCCUUCUGCCUCACAGAGCCAGCCAGCAGGAACAAUACUGGCUCCAUCCGGACUAGAGCUACACUGAGUGAAGAUGAGACGCAUUAUGUCCUCAAUGGCUCCAAGGUUUGGAUCACCAAUGGGGGACUGGCUGAGAUUUUCACUGUGUUCGCAAAGACCAAGGUGGUUGACUCUGAUGGCUCCGUAAAGGACAGAAUCACAGCAUUCAUAGUAGAAAGAGACUUUGGUGGAGUCACUAAUGGGAAAUCCGGAGAUAAGUUAGGCCUUCGGGGCUCCAACAUUUGCGAAGUUCAUUUUGAAAACACCAGGGUGCCUGUUGCAAAUGUGCUUGGAGAAGUCGGAGGUGGCUUUAAGGUGGCUGUGGACAUCCUCAACAGUGGGCGGUUCAGCCUGGGCAGCAUUAUGGCAGGGAUGCUCAGGAAACUGAUUGAACUGACUGCUGAGUAUGCCUGCGAGAGGAAGCAGUUCAACAGGACGCUCAGUGAAUUCGGGUUAAUUCAGGAGAAGUUUGCGCUGAUGGCUCAGAAGGUGUAUGCAAUGGAGAGCAUGUCUUACCUCACUGCAGGGAUGCUGGACCACCCAGAGUGUCCUGACUGUUCCAUUGAGACAGCAGUGGUGAAGGUGUUCAGCUCUGAGAGUGCCUGGCAGUGCGUGAGCGAGGCAUUGCAGAUCCUGGGGGGCUUAGGCUACAUGAGGAACCACCCCCACGAGCGCAUGCUGCGUGAUGCCCGGGCACUGCUCCUCCUGGAGGGGACUAACGAGAUCCUCCGGAUGUUCAUUGCCGUCACGGGCCUGCAGCAUGCCGGGCUUGUCCUGACCCCAAGGAUCAAGCAGCUUAAAGGGAACAGCAUGGCUGUAGUCAUGGAGACCAUCAGCCAGAGGCUGUGGGACACUUUGGGCGGAACUGUGGACCUGGGGCUGACAGGCAACUCUGGAGUUGUGCACCCUAGACUUCAGGACAGUGCCGCCAAAUUUGAGGAGAAUGUGCAUUGCUUUGGCCGGACUGUGGAGACGCUGCUGCUGCGCUUUGGAAAGACCAUUGUGGAAGAGCAGCUGGUGAUGAAGCGAGUGGCCAAUGUCCUCAUCAACCUGUAUGGCAUGACGGCUGUGCUGUCACGGGCCAGCCGCUCCAUCUGCAUUGGACUCCCGGACCAUGACCAUGAGGUUCUGUUGGCCAGCACAUUCUGCGCAGAAGCUUAUUUCCAGAAUCUCUUCAGCCUGUCACAGCUGGACAAGCAUGAUCCCGGAAACUUGGAUGAGCAUAUUAAGAAAGCAUCAAAGUAUAUCCUGGAGAAGCGGACCUAUGUCUGUUCCCACCCUCUGGACAGGACAUCCUGAGGCAGGACAAGCUCUGGGCCUUGAGGAACCAACCUCACCCCAACAGCCUCUGCUGAACUGUCGUCCUGCGGGCACCUAAGGGCUUUCUGCUGCCUGGUUUUCCCCAUGAUCACCCAUUAGUCAUGGCUUCUCCCAGACAUCGAGAGGGUGGCAGUGCUGGUGCCUGACCUUGAGUGGCUGUGUUGAGUUCUGGUCACCACAGGGCUCAACUGUCACCUGUGGGGAGGAAGCUUCAGGGCCCUGUCUGAGGUGUGGGCAUCCAUCUCCAUCAUAUGUUCAAGAAACUGGAAGCUGCGUUGAAUUACUGUGAAACUUGCAGCCUGUGUCAGCAUUGUUAACAAAAAAUGUAAAAUUGCACAAUUUUUCUGUCCCCUCUUCUAGUCCUGCCAUACUAGUCACACUGUCCUCAGAACCAGCCUUUAGCAGCUGGUCGUGCACACUUGUGAUCUCAGCACUCUGAGAGGCUGAAGCAGGAGGAUCACAAAUUCAAUCCCAGCCAGGUAACUUAGCAACACCUAGUCUCAAAGUAAGAAGAGGCUGGGAAUUUAGUUGGGGCUCAUGCUGACCAUAGUAGCACAUGCCUGUAAUUGUUGCACUCACCUGCUUUGAGGUGUAGGCAACUACCAUAGACAACACUUGGGGCUCCAGUACGGUAGUACUUUGAUUCACAAACUUAAUUCCACAAUUCUUGUUGCAAACUGAAUUGGAUGAGAACUACAAAUUCAGUGGUUAGUUUCAGUGUUGACCUUGUGAAGAAAUAAGACUCAGUUCUCAUCCAGUUCAACUUGUGACUAGAAUUGUGGAAAGAAUUAAGUUUGUGAACUGAGGUUCUACUGUAACUGAUUAAAACAAACAGUUGUUUUAACAGCAUUCAUUUUCCUUUUUUUUUUUUUUUUUUUUUUUUUUGUCUUUUUCGUUUUUAUCGGUACCAGGGAUCGAACUCCCGACUGCCUGCUUGCAAGGCAGGCGCUUAUGCCUCUGAGCUAAAUCCCCAGCCCCAGCAUUCAUUUUCUUACAAGAGCACAAGCCAUGUGCUUGAAUCCUUUGGUAUUUUACCAAAUUCAUUUAUUAAUUGUACCUUUGACCAAAAAAUUGAUGUGAUCAUAACUAAGAACAAAAUAUACAAUGUCUAAGUGAAGAAAAACUCAGAAGAUCAAAGUAUCACAGUUGGCUGAUCAUGGAUUCCUAGCCUUGCAUGCAGAUAGAGGAGGUGUAGAGCAAUUCUGACAUGACAUAGAGACAUCCAGAUGAUCUAAGAGUGACUCAGUGUUUAUAGUGAGAAUUCUGUGCAAGCAGGAAUGGUAUAUUUAGCAGUGGCCACUUUGUAGCAACCUAAGGAAGUUAAUGCAUAAUCAAAUAUACAUUCACAGCCCCUGGGAUUUAUAAAAGUGAUCAUGUGCUCCAGCUUCUAAGAAUUGAGCUCAGCCCAGUGCUUGGAGUGUGUUCCUGAGGAACAGCCCCUAAGGUGUGGUAGUGGGUCAGGUAGAAGGAAGGGAGUGGGCAGUAGAAAUAGGUGGAAAGUAGAACCUCUUGCUGGCACUGCUGAAGUAAGGGAGCGAAAGAUGGAAGGGGCAAAUUGAUCUUUCCCUUUCAAAACAAAAAUGAUACAGAAAAAGUCAAAAUGAAUUAUGCAGAGUUUUGUGGUGUGUGUCCGAAGGAUGGAAUAGGAAUACAGAGUACUGUUUCAUUCAUCCACAGCCUCUAGACAUGAUCCAUCCUAAUUAUCAGGAACAGGAAUAAAUAAAGCACGCUGCAGAGGAAAGGAGUUUUUCCUGGGAUUUUGCUGAAAGAUAUAAGUGAAAUGCAAACAAAAAUAAAAAAUACCAAUCACA